ACUGGAAUAAAGUGCAUUCACUUGAGGGUUUCACUGUAUUUCUUUCUGUGCGCACCGCCACAUUAUCCCAGACAGAAAGGGCACAGCUAUUAGAGAUGAGGGCACUCCUGCUUUAUAACCGAGAGUCUGACUGUUGACGUGCAGCAGUGAGAACACAACUCCUUCAAAUUUCUUUUGAAGCCAGAAGUUUGAAAUCUCAACGUUGCACUUUUUUUUUAAAAAAAGAAAAUGUCUGUUUAGAAAGGCGUUGGAUCGAGGUCAUCUUUAGAUAGUUGAGCGGGGACGUGUUUUGUUGGCUAGGUGUUGGCUGGAUUCUGCCCGGGGAGUGGGUGGACAGCGAGAGGAGCGGACGGCUGUCACCCAGGCUCCGGUAUUGUUCAAUGACAGCAAAGGCGCCGCUGGGAGACAGGACUUGCUGCAAUGGCAGAGUCCACGCAGGUCACGCCGAUAAACAUCAACAGCCUGAAGGAACACACGCUGAAGAAAAUAAGCGAUCUUCUGGACAAGACCAACAACCGGGGAUGGAGGAAACUGGCGGAGAUUGUGGGAGCUGACAAGCGUUUCAGACUCACCUCGGAGGACCUAGAUAAAUGCUCAUUGAAGGUACUGGACCCAGAAGGAAGCCCCAGCCGGAGUUUGCUCCAUGUGAUGGGCAACCGGGGUGUGACUGUGAAAGACCUGUUGGAGUUCCUUCAAGCUUUGGGACAGACUGAAGCCUUUCAGCUGCUGAGAUCCUCGGCUUCAUUGAAGAUACUCAUCCAGCCAGUUUCCCAGGCUGUACUGGCUGGUCAGGCAGUGAGACUCUUUUGCCAAGCUGCAGGCCAUCCGAAUGUUGAAUAUCAGUGGUUUCGAAAGGAUAUAGAGGUUCCAAAUGGCAAUACCCCAGAGCUUGUGAUUAAUCCAGUCUCUGUGAAUGAUACUGGGUGGUACAUCUGCAGAGUGAACAGUGGCUGCUUUUUUGAAUUUAGUCUCUGGGUGCAACUUGAAGUUUAUAAUUUCAGUGCUGUCUGUGGAAGAAGAUUCUAUACCUCUGAGACCAGUCUUCAGAUUAUAAAUCAGCCAAAAACCCAGAAACUGAAGAUAGGAGAUACACUCACGUUGGAAUGUACUGCAAUUGGAAUACCGAUGCCACGUUAUCAAUGGAUGAGAAAUGGACUACCAGUCAGCAAUGGUUGUGAAAGACACUACAAAAUAAGUAACAUAAACCGGGACAACCAGGGACAGUAUUGUUGCCGUGUGUUCAACGACAAGGCGGAACAAUGGAGUAUGGAAGCAAAUGUAUUUGUGGAUGACUGCAAGUAUCCUAGAGAAACAGGUGAUCCAGUUGAAGUUGGACCACUAGAUUUAGGAUUUAACCAAAGACAUUAUGCAACAGACAAGGUGGCUCUUCUGAUUGGCAACAUGUCGUAUCUCAACCACCCCAAGUUAAAGGCACCAAUGAUGGAUGUAUAUGAACUGACCAAUUUAUUGAGACAGCUGGAUUUUAAAGUGGUAUCUCUGUUGGACCUCACCGAAUCAGAGAUGCGUAAUGCAGUGUAUGAAUUCUUACUCUUGCUGGACAAGGGCGUAUAUGCAAAAGCGUCGGAUGUGGUGUAUGAAGGUCAGAAAGGUCCUGAUUUCAGGAACAUGCAUGAUGACACCAUUCCAAAUAUGGAGGCCUUAAAAGUUACAGCAAAUAUUGUUUUUGGAUACGCAACAUGUCAAGGUGCAGAAGCGUUUGAAAUUCAGCAUUUCGGAUUAGCAAAUGGCAUAUUUAUGAAAUUUCUAAAGGAACGCCUGUUAGAGGAUGAAAAAAUCACAGUGUUGCUUGACAGAGUUGCUGAAGACAUGGGAAAAUGUGACCUCACGAAAGGAAAACAAGCUCUGGAAAUUCGCAGCAGUCUCUGUGAGAAGAGAGCCUUGACUGACCCAAUCCAUUCAUCAGGCUGCUCUGCUGAAUCGCUGGCACGCAACCUGCAGUGGGCAAAGGCCCACGAGCUACCUGAAAGUAUGUGGCUUGAGUUUGACUGCGGUGUCCAAAUUCAACUAGGUUUUGCUGCUGAAUUUUCAAAUGUCAUGAUAAUUUACACGCGUAUUGUGAAGAAACCAAAAGGAAUUAUGAUGUGCGAGGCAUAUGUCACAGAUUUUCCACUGGACCUAGACAUUGAUCCUAAAAAGACAAACAAAGGAACACCAGAAGAAACAGGAAGCUACCUACUCUCUAAGGAUUUACCAGAGCAGUGCCUUUACACUAGACUAAGUGCUUUACAGAAACUGAAGGAACGACUGGUCUUCACAGCCUGCCUGCGCUAUCAAUAUCAAGGACUUGAUGAAUUUGUAGAAGAGGCCAAGGAGGUAGACGUGGGAAAGCCACUCAUCGCAAAGCUGGACAUUCAUCGCGCCAUUAGGAGGAAUAGCUGCCUAGUGACCUGUCCUAUGCCUCAUAGCCCAUUGCACAGCCCAGUGCACAGCCCAUCCCACAGUCCAGUGCGAAGCAUGGCUUACAGUCCUGAAUUUGAGCAUUACCUCCACCACCACAACCAACAUUAUCAAGCUAACUCUCACCUUGGAGUCUACAACCCAAAUUCAUCUAUGAUGGGUGCAGUGGGCUGUGCCAUUCCUGCUGACAACUGUAAAUACAACACCUAUACACAUAUGUCAGAAUGGGGUCAAAGACCUCACUUCUGUAGUAGUAACAUAAGGGAAAUCAAUAUUCCAGUUGAGAAUGAUAUCAAUGAUCUUCAGUCUGAUUUCAAUACCUGUCUGCAAUUCACUGAGCAUUAAUUUACAAACAAUCAUUCAGAAUAUACUGAGGAGGAUUUUCCACUGGAGCAGUGCCACCUCCCACUGGAAGUAACAAAAUGUAGACUAUCUCCAUCCCAGCAAUGCACCAAUAAUGAGACUGUCCAAUGUAUUCUUCUUUUUUUGCACAACUGAAAUGCUGGACACAAAAAAUGGCAAGCAUAGUCUGGGCAGUUGUGAACAAUUGCAUAGAAUUGGGCCACCUUGAAGGUUAUCAGCUGUUUCCCAUCCCUUCCCAGUCUGUCUUCCGUGAGGCUGGGCUUGGAGGAAAGGCACUUAAACUUAUAACAUUAUGGUGGAAAUUAACCAUUAUGUUGCCAAUGAGAGUAUAGUCCUUUAAUUGUUUUCUGUGCUGCAUCAAACAUUUAAUAUUAUCUGCACGCAGUCAUUUUUGUGUGAUAAUUUAUUAGCAGUUUUAUAAUGCAGAAGCCAUGAACGUUAACUUAUUCAUAGUAGGAAAUGAAGUCAGUCUGGAAAUGGUGAUGAGGAGAUUCGAAAAUUGGAUUUAAACAUUUAUAGAGUGUAGAAGGAAAAUAAUAUAGCUGGGUAACAGGUUGCAUUGUUUUGAAAUCCAUGGAGGGAAGGUUAGAGCAGAGGAUGCUAUGGUUAAUUUUGAUUUCAUUGCAAUGAGGGCAUAAUAGAUUUAUUCAUAAGGCACUCACAUUAGAAUUAUAGAAUCAUACGGUAAAGAAGAGGCCAUUUGGCCCAUCGGCCCAUCAAGCCUUCACUGCCAAAACUACUCCCAAUUUAUACUAGUCCCACUUUCCAGCAUUUGGCCCACAGUCUUGAACACUAAGAUCUUUCAAGUGCUCGUCCAAGUAUGUUUAAAGAUUGUGAAAUUUCCUGCAUCAGCUACCUUCUCUGGCAGUCCAUUCCAGAUUCCCACCAACCUCUGGAUGAAAUUUUCCCUCAAAUCUCGUCUAAACCUCCUUCCACCUUAAAAUAUUGCCUCUUGUUGACCUUUCAACUAACAGGAAAGGUCUAUCCACAUUUAUAUCCACCCUGUCCAUGCCUCUCAUCAUUUUAUACACUUCAAUCCCAUUUUAUCCAUCUCUGCUUUUAAAGAAAACAACAGAAGCUAAUCCACUCUCUCUACAGAGCUAAACUUCCCCAUCUCAGGCAACAAUCUUUGCACUCCCUCCAGUACAAUGACAUCUUUCCUAUCAUGUUGUUAGCAGAACUGCACACAUUACUCCAACUGUGGCCUAAUCAAAGUUUUGUACAGUUCCAACAUAACAUGCCUGCUCUUAUAAUCUGUGCCACGACUGAUAAAGGCAAGAUUCCCAUAUGCCUUGGUAACUACCCUAUUAACCUGGUCUGCCACCUUUAGGCAUCUGUUGACAGAUAAUUAAUAUCUUUUCAGCACCCCUAGGCAUCAAAUUUAUUCCAAUAUUUAUGUUAGAACUAAAAUGGAACUCAUUGCAUAGACAUUCCAGAAGUAGCACAAGUAGUAGUGUCUUAGAGGAAAUGAGAUUUUAGAAUCAAAUACGAUAAUAUCACAAGGACACAUUGUAAGGAAGGUUUUCUUUGUGCACUGUGGAGUGAAACAAUAAGUUUGUUCUCUUUGAACCAUUUAGGAUCUUACUAUAUAUACUGUACAUGCAAGGAGAGUCACCAACCUGAAACUUUGGGUAAAACCACCAUUUAAGCUCAUUUGCCAAUUCACUUUUCCUUGCUUUGCUUUCAAUGCCUCAUUAUUGCCCUUGUUUAAGUUAUUAAAAAAAAGUCUCAAACCAACUCCUCUCUCCCUCAAACUGAAUGUAGAAUUAAAUCAUAUUAUGGUUUCUGAUAAAUAGGGCUUAUAAUCUUAUAGCAAAGGCACCCAUACCUCAUUGCUACAUGUGAGGUCUGGUAUAGUCUGCUCCAGAAAGUGCUGUUCUAAAAAACAAUCACAAAAGUACUCCAUAAACUUGGCAACCAGGCUGCUUUGCCCACCUGACUUUUCCAGCAUACAUGUAGAUUUAAAUCUACCAUGAUUCACUUUGUGCUUUUCUAACAGGCUCCCAUCAUUUUUCCUUUAUGCUCCACUUUCCAUUAUGAUUAUUAUUAAGGGAAAAAGAGUAAUUAGGGAGAGAAUAGGGCACCUUAAAGAUCUAUGAGGCCAUCUAUACGGAACCACAGGAGAUGGGUGAGAUCCUAAAAAAAAUUUUUGCAUCAGUAUUUACUGUGGAGAAAGGUAGGGAAGCAAGGGAACUUAGGAAAUAAAUAGUGAUGUCUAGAAAUGAGUCCAGACUACAGAAGAGGAGAUGCUGGAGGUGUUAAAACACAUAAAGAUAGCUAAAUCUCAGAACCUGAUCAAGUGUAUUCCAGGACAAUGUGGGAAGUUAGGGAAGAAUGUGCAAGACCCCUACUGGUGAUAUUUGUAUCAUUGACAGCCAAGAGUGAGGUGUUGGAAAACUGGAGAGUGGCUAGUUUUGUGCUAUCAUUUAAAAUAGACUGCAAGGAAAAGCCCAGGAACUAUGGAUCGGUGAGCUUGACAACAUCGGUGGGUAAGUUGUCGGAAGGGAUUCUGAGAGAUGUGAUCUACACGCAUUUGGAAAGGCAAGGACUGAUUAGGGAUAGUCAUCAGGGCUUUGUGCAUGGGAAA